AUGGAGCCGUCGACGCCUCCGGCCGCCACCCACGACCUCUGGGGGAUGGAGGACGAGCAGCCGUCCACGGAGCGGGUGUUCGAGGGGGAGUCCGUCCCGUCGCGGUCGGAGACGAUCACGGUGCGCUCCGUGGCGGUGAGCAUCGUGCUCGGGUGCACGCUCAGCGUCGUGGCCAUGAAGCUGGCCCUCACCUCCGGCUUCGCGCCCUCGCUCGCCAUGCCCGCCGGCCUCCUGGGCUUCUUCAUCCCGCGCCUGUGGAUGCAGCUGAUGGACAGCUGCGAGGCGUCCCAGCUGCCCUUCACCCGCCAGGAGAACACCGUCAUCCAGACGUGCGUCGUCGCCUGCACCAGCAUCGCCUACAGCGGUGGGUUUGGGACGUACAUUCUGGCGAUGAGCAAGCACUCGGCGGAGGGCGGCGUCGGGAGCGACGGCCUGAACGUGGAGGAGCCGGACAUCGGCCGGAUGAUCGUCUUCCUCCUCCUCACCAGCUUCGCCGGCAUCUUGGCCAUCAUGCCGUUCAGGGACAGCCUCAUCGUCCACCGCCGGCUGACGUUCCCCAGCGGCACGGCCACGGCGCACCUCAUCAACACCAUGCACACUCCCCAGGGCGCCAAGCAAGCCGGCCAGCAACUGGCGAUGUUGUUGAAGACCUUAUUUGGGACCGUUGCAUGGUCCAUCUUCGAGUGGUUCUUCGCCGGCCGCAGUGGGUGUGGCUUCCAGGCGUUCCCGGUGUUUGGCCUCGGCGCUUUUCGACGAGGGUUCUACUACGAUUUCUCCAUGACCAACGUCGGCGUCGGGAUGUUCUGCCCGUACAAGAUCACCAUCUCGAUGCUCACGGGAUCCUUGGUCUCGUGGGGGCUCAUCUGGCCGUACAUCCAGACGAAGGAGGGGGACUGGUACCCGCAGGGCCUCGACCGCGACAACAUCAGCGGCAUCAAUGGCUACCGGGUGUUCAUCGGGGUAUCCAUGAUCCUCGCCGACGGCCUCCUACACAUGCUCUGCAUCCUGGUUCGGACGCUCUACGCCAUGUACAAGAACCCGCAGCCGAGGCAGAGCAGCAACGGGCAGCCGUUCCGGUGCCUUAGCGUCGUCCUCGACCGGUCGGCGUCCAGCUUCGACGACCGCCGGAGGACGCAGGUGUUCCUCCGGGACCGGGUCCCCGCCACGGUGCCCGUCGUCGGGUACGUGGUCCUGUCGGUCAUCUCCACCCUCGUCAUACCGCAGCUCUACACCCAGCUGAGGUACCACCACGUGGCCUUCGCCUACAUCAUCGCGCCGGUGUUCGCCUUCUGCAACGCCUACGGCAACGGCAUGACGGACAUGAACAUCGCGACCACCUACGGGAAGGUCUCAAUACUCAUCUUCAGCUCGUGGGUGGGGCUCAAGGACGGCGGCGUGGUGGCCGGGCUGGCCGCCUGCGCCAUCAUCGUGUCCAACGUGUCCACCGCGUCCGACCUGAUGCAGGACCACAAGACGGGCUACAUCACCCUCACCUCGCCGCACACCAUCACCAUCUGCCAGGUCGCCGGCACGGCGCUCGGCUGCGUGGUGAACCCCGUCAUCUUCUCCAUCUUCUACAGCGUGUACAACAGCGGCGCCCACGACGACAGCAACAGCAUCGGCCCGUACGCCAAGGUGUACCGGGGGAUCGCCAUGCUCGCCAUGACCGAGAAAAACGGGCUGCCCAAGCACACCAUGCUGCUCUGCAAGGUCUUCCUGGCGCUGGCGCUGUCCAUCAGCGUGCUCCGGGAGGUGUCCACGCACAAGAGGUGGCGCGUCCUGAGGUACAUCCCGAGCACCAUCGGCAUGGCAGUGGCCUUCUUCGUGCCGCCCACGAUCCCCGUGGGCAUGGCGCUGGGCAGCGCCGUGAUCUACCUGUGGGGAAGGUCCGACCGCGACGACAUGCGGCUCAUGUCGCCGGCGGCGGCGUGCGGGCUGAUCUGCGGGGACGGGUUCGGGUCGCUGCUGUCGUCGGCGCUCACGCUGCUCAAGGCCACCCCGCCGAUCUGCAUCAUGUUCGUGGCUCGAGGAGUGAACCAGAGCCUUGACGCUUUCCUAGCAGCGAAAGGCAUGCCAACGUAGUUACGGGGAUUCGACGUGCGUGUUGUACUGUAGUUAAACGCAAGUUUGGUCACAUCGUGAGUACUCCGUAUCCUGUAUAACGUCGGUUUUUUAAGGUCUUGGAACGAACGCAUGGUAGCCGUCCGAUGGCGAACAUGGAUCUUGCAAGGCUGCUCGCCAUGUCACCUUCCUGGAA